AUGAGCGAAAAUAACGAGCCUCAAGACUCGUUGGUUGAUGUCUCUUCACAGUUGUCAAAAUUGGAUCUUGAAGGAGGGGCAGAGCAAGGACAAGAUCUCCUAGACCGAUGCCGCGUCCUUGUUGAUGAACUGGAGGUGUUCCAAAACUACCUCCAGGACGAGAAAAAGGAAACUGCUGAGCUGCGGCACUUUAAGAGCAGUGUGAAAACAGAGUAUAAAUUACUUCGAAAGCUUUGCAAAUCAGAUCCUACAGUACCAAAGACUGCCCACACAUUAAGGUCUAGCAAUUUCCCUUUUUAUGCUGCAGUUUGGGAUGCUGCGAAAGGUUGUACGGGCGUUGUGGCGCUGGGGAAACGCUUCCACUGGCCCUCUCCCGUGAACCUUCGCGAUGGAGAGAAAGUUCGGAGUACCCCAGGCUCGAUCCACAAGCGCUCCAAUGUUCUGGUUGAUAUUGUCGCCCAGGAUGGAUUAGAGUGGGUAAAGGUAUCAACGUUGACUGAGAAACGGAUACUAUUUGACAUAGCCAAAGCUGGCUGGAUUGUUGAUUCGUCCAGCGACGAGGAGUAUGACAGCGGAACAGACAGCUCCAGCAGUGUCCAGGCAGAAGGCCUAUUGAAACAGGCAGAGGGAUUAGUAGCAGCAUCUCGUGCAACUAGGGUGCGAUAUCGUCACCCGAAAAUUCGCAUGGUGUUACCCAAGAUCCCUCGGGGCUGUGUAGGAGCAGUGGAAGCAAUUCUUGGCCAGAUCGAAGGAAUGGGUAUCCAAAUUCAAAGAUCUGAAGAUUUGCAACCAGCACCUCCAUUGGCAGAUGUGUUGGAUAAAGUUGCUGUCAAUCCAUUUGCAGACUUUACGGACCCUGUCAAUAUUGAUUGCACUAUCCUACUUGCCCUUGUGAGCGACUUGUCGCAUUGCCCGGUCGAGACUGAGGAAUGGCAUCACCGGGCAGUUAAGAGGCAAAUCGAAAUGGAGAGGGACGAUCAACUAUUGCCCAAGAGCCUCUGGCCUGCUUGUGGUCCAAGGAAACUUCUGUGUACUCGAGAGGCAGCACAACGUAUGCAUGAGAUUGUCGAUCUGAUAGGGACGGACUCGGAAAAACGUCGAAGAGACUUUAUCCUGGAUAGAGAUGGCACAGCGGAGUUAACAUGCGAACAGCGUGUUUCUGGCUUGCAAGAGCUUUCAACUCACAGAAUACCACAGGAGCUGAAGCUACCGAUUGAUGUUGUUGAAGUGGAUAUCCCUGGUAUGGAACGCCGCAUAGGACCGAUGGCCAUUGAAGUAUCGAAAGUACUCUCUGUGAUCAACCAAUCCGUGUUCUUAUAUGGCUGGUCAAAUGAUAUGACAACUAUAAGCAGCAAUAGGACUGUCGCAAAGGAGAUCGAGACUCUGGUUGAAAAUGGUCGAAAAUGCGACUCUGAUAAAGGGCCCGAUAUCUGGCUCUGCCCAACGGCACGGUCGCUGGUGGGGAAAGAGAAGACAAGGAGGAAUUGGAAUAACUGA